UGGAGCAAGAAAUAUCUUGGUUGGUGACAACAUGGUUUGCAAAAUCACAGACUUUGGAAGAGCAGUUGAAGCAGACAUCGAUGGUACAUUCGUUGAGACAGAAAAAAUUCAACUAGCUGUACGCUGGACGGCAGUGGAGGGACUGAGUACCAAUAAGCGAUUAUUUUCCAUGAAGUCCGACGUUUGGUCUUUCGGAGUGCUGAUGUGGGAGAUACUAACUCUAGGAUCAAAACCAUAUGAAAAUAUGUCGAAUAACACAAUUAUGGAAGAAGUAAUUGGAGGCUUGCGGCUGCCAAAACCCCAAAACUGCUCCAACGAAUUAUACACAGUUAUGAAUGCAUGCUGGCAUAGCACACCUGACAGCAGACCGUCGUUUGAAAGUUUGGCCGGAAACCUCGACAAUGUGAUAAGCAGUAAUCAACAAAGCGUUGACACCUCAUCAUUUGACGACGGGGAAGAGUAUUUGGGUUUAGAUGGGUUUCGAAGAUAAUUAGAAACAGAGUCAAAUUAUAAAAGUGGAGUUGUAGAGUUUAGUAAUUAGGAUGCUUACCUUCGAGUCCUAGGGUCCUGAGUUCAAUUCCUGUAACAGCAGGACUUUUUGGCAUGACCAAAAUCAAAUCCACUUUAUAAUUCCAGUUAAUAGACUUGAUUUAAGAAGCAUCGUUUCGUCCUUUUAAUUAAGAAAUUACUUGCUGUUGGAUGCGAAUAAAUGUCCUUUCAGAGCAUUAUUUAUAUCUAAACAUCCACUCAUUAACAUAACAUAAUAUUAAAGGCUAUAUACGAUGCAAUAAUAUAACAAUUCGUUCAUUCGUUUGUAUUUUCCAUUAUCAAAUAGUUCUCAUUUAUAGUAGAGCAGUAGACCUCCGAAAUUAGGCCUAAUUAACAAGUAGGCGCAACCGGCUGAAAGAACAAGGUGAUUUAUAUACCAAAAUGUUUGUAUAUAUGUUAGAUUUCAAAUAAUUGCUUGAUGACACCUCGAAAACUGAUGGUAUUUUUUCAGCUGUUUAAUAUAAUAACCACUUAUUUUUUUGUGUUUUCGUAAAAGUGCACUGUGAAAGCUACAUGUACGAUAUGAUCUCACAGCUUAGCAGAUAGAUGUGGGCACUUUGGAUAAAAGCAUUAUAUUUUGUACAUACUUCUCAUAGUCUAAUAUUACUUGAGAGCAGCUUAGCUCAGUCGGCUAAUCUGGUGGCAGCCACUGUGCGUGCGCUGAACCCAGAAUAUCUCUAUAGGUCCCCGGUUCAUGUCCCAUCGCUGCCUCUCCUUGUGUUUCAUUCAGCUGGAAGGCUAAAAGUUACAAUAGCACACCGUCUUUCGAAUGAGAUGCUUAAGCCGUUGGUCCCGUGUACAUUUAUGGCCCAUGUGCACGUUAAAGAACGCAGUACACUUUCCGGAAAAGAGUAAUGAAUUGUCUUCCUGUGUAUUGCCCUAUCAGCACCAGAAGGAUUCAACUGGAAAUAAGUCUCCUUCUAGACUUUCGUGGGCUGUCCUUGGUGUUCACACCGAAUAAAUCCAAUCCAAUUCAAUUUUUAUGGGAUUCAGUUCGUCCCAAUCAUUAUGUCGGCCAUAAUUAUAUAGCUCAGUCGGCCAAUCUGGUGGUAGCCGCUUUGUGUGCGCUGAACCGUGGAGAUCUCUAGGUCCCCGGUUCAAUUCCCAUCUGCCUCUCCUUGUGCUUCAGCUGAGGGCUGAAAUACAAGUUACAAUAGCGCACCGUCUUUCGGAUGAGACGUUUAAGCCGUUGGUCCCGUGUGCAUUAUGGCCCAUGUGCACGUUAAAGAACGCAGUAUACUCUUCGG